AUGGCUGCCCCUCGCAAGGUUGUUAUCGAUACCGACCCCGGAGUCGACGACGUCCUCGCCAUCCUCUUCGCCCUCGCGUCGCCCGAGAUUGACGUCGCCCUCAUCACGCCCGUCUUCGGCAAUGCGCACACCCCACAGACUCUUGCCAACCUCCUCAAGCUCUACUACAACCUCGGCGUAGAGCUCCAGGCCCACCCCGAGUCGCGCGAGCGCUACGCCAGCGUUGCGUCGGGCAAGAAGACCCUGGUGGCUGUUGGCGAGAACGACCCCAUCGGCGGCGAGAAGCAUGUCGCGACCUACUUCCAUGGCGUCGACGGCCUGUCCAACAUCUCGGAGACCAACCCCGAGUUCACUCCACCGGCUGAUGCGGACAAGGGCGAGUUCCUCGAGUUCACCGACAAACGCGCGCACGAGGCCAUCCUUGACCUCCUCCGCACCGAGCCCGAGGGCACGGUCACCAUCAUUGCUCUUGGUCCUCUUACCAACAUUGCCUGGGCAUACCGCGCGGACCCCGAGGCAUUCUCGCGUGUUGGUGAGGUAGUGUGGAUGGGUGGCGCGCUCGACGUUCCUGGCAACACCUCCCCCGUCGCCGAGUUCAACUGCUUCGCCGACCCGUACGCCUUCCAAGCGCUGCUCGACGAGAUGAAGACUGGCAAGUUCCGCUUCACCUUUGCUCCCCUGGACAUUACCACACCACACUCGAUCCCCUUCACCGACCUGCUGCACCCAGGUCUCAUCCCAGGUGCCGACGCAGCCGCCUUCCCCACUCCCACCCGACUCCAAGCGUUCACCACCGCCUUCCUGCUCCGUGUCCGCGGUCUCCAGCAGAAGUUUGGUCUCCCCGACGCAAUGGAGAUGCACGACCCCGUGGCGGUGUGGUACGCCAUCGCCAACGCCAGCCGUUCUCACCCGCACGCUCUCGCCGACGGCUGGAGCGUUGCGGCUCGCGAGUUUGGCGUCGAGCGCUGUGGACAGAUCACGCGCGGCAUGUGUGUCGUCGAUCGUCGUGGUACUGGCGAGAGCUUUGGCUCGGACCGUACCCAGAAUGCAGAGCUUACGGGCACGAGCAUCACCGGCCACGACAUUACUGCCAACGGCACGGCACCCAAGGCUGCACCUGCGGCGCCCGUCGAGCCCGUCGAGACCAAGCCCCUGCCGUACAUGAUCUCGCGUACACCAGGUUCCGACGUCCUCCGCCGUGUUCUGCUCGCUCGUGUGUUUGGUACCGAGCACACUGUUUCUGCACGGCGACAUUCUUCUUUCACUCCAUCCCCUUCACCUUCCACACCACUCCUCCGUCCCAACGGCGCCCCAUUCACACCGUCCAUCAUCAACGAUGCUCACCUCGGACCCCCCCUCCUCACCCGUAUCUCCACAACACCGUGUGGCUCGUCCAGUCGCAAGACCGCGCACGCAAAGAGGUGCGCCGCUUCCAGCGCAAGAUCGUCGCAGGAGAAGCGCCUCCUCGGCCAGGAGGACGACUUUGGGGGCAUGCGCAUCAAGGGCCCCCUCCCUGUUGUCGCCAUUGCCAGUGAUGGAAUGGACGUUGACCCCGGCGUUGUCGACGACGAGCUUGGUGAUGACAUGGACGUUGACCCCGACGUUGUCGACGACGAGCUUGCCGCGGCUCCAUUCCCCCUCUGCGCACCCAUCGGUCGUCCCUACUUUACCGACGGCCCCACAUCCCUGCCUUCGAUUCAACUCGAGUACACAUUGCCGCCUUCCCGUCCAACCUUCAGCGAAACCUCGUCCCUUUUCACGCCAUUUUAG